UGGAGGUGACGCGGUCCGGCGUGCUGGGCCACAGGAAGCCGAGCCUGGCGCUGGGCCGCGCCGAGACCAUGCGCGAGGCUAUGGCGAGCCACGUGCUGAGUCCUUCUGACUCGAUGAUCGACGCCAUGCAGAGCCGCGCCGAAAGUGUGCGAGAUCACCAGCCGGACCCCAUGAUCGAGGUGACGCCCGCCGAGCCGUCGCGCCCCACCGAACCCCUCAGGUCCAUCCUGAAGAACAGGUACGAGGGUGGCGGCCUCCUUUACAAGGGUGAGUACACGAACAGUGCCUACUACGACGACGAGGACGACGCAGACGGUGCUCUCUCCCAGGCCCCCUACAGCCCCCCAGAGUAUAAGGACUACCUCGACCACGGCUCCUGA